AUGUAUUCUCCGUCUAGCCUGCACAGUAAUCCGCAACCGAGCGGCUCCAGCAAUUGGCAGAUCAACGCCGGUAUACCGAGUAAUGCAAGUUAUGGUCACAAUGCCUUUGGCGUCAAGCCGCAAAGGACACAGAGACGAUACGGUGGCAAUUCGCCAGAUAAUUAUUGGCAACCAAUCAUUGGCGGAAAUGGUACACUCAGUCACGCCGCUACGGCUCCAGUACCUCUACAGCCUGUCCUGUCUGCUCCAAAGUAUGUCAAGACAGAAGUAUUUCCACAACCUGGACCGUCCAGCUAUUCGCAUGGUAUACAGGGUGAAGAUACUCUGCCGUCGACUAAUUCCUCAUGGACAUCAUCUCCCCCUUUCAAAAAGCGCAAGCUCACACCUCCCCAGCCCGCAAAUGAUUCUGUCGCGUCUUCAUAUCCGCCUGUCCAGGUUCAGCCUCUUGCGUUCACGUCUCAAAGUGCUGUUCCGCCAAUACCAACAUCUACCAUUGCGUCUACGUUGCGUUCCUCGGGUACGCCUCCCGUCAAGCGUGAACGCAGCCUAAGUCCCGUCCUUCCGAGUAGCCCGAGAGUGACUACGGAAGGCUCGAUUCGCUUCGCACCCCUGCCUGAGCACUGCCGGAAAGCACAUGCACAGUAUAUAGCCAACCGUAAAGUGUGGGUGAAUCAAGAGGUCAAGAAACUCAAGCAGAUCAACCCCUCUAUAAGAGCUGUCCGGGUCUUGACACGGGACGAUGGAAUGGUGAUCGACUGGCGAUCCUCCGUCCCGGUCAUGUCAGACACUCUACUGUCUGCGAAUAAGGGCCAAGACCCGCCUCCUAGCAGACCAUCCGCCACUCCGGAUGCAUUGUCCGUUGGUCUUUCAGUACUAGAAGUGCCCCAGUCGCAGCAACUAUCUCCAAAUCGUGGUACUCCUCCACUUUCCCCGCCUAUUGUAGCUAUGUGCGAGCCAGAGGGAGUGCCCGCCUCAUGCGCCUCCCCUGCUGCUCGUUAUGACGUUACUCCAUCGUCAGCAGGCAACUCUUCCAACCUCCCUAUGGCUAAGAGUGCAGCAAAGCUUGACAAUUCAGACAACUGUGCUUCGUCGCGGGCCAAUUCCUCGUCCUCCACGGCAGGUAGGAAUGCUGCGCCAACUCGCGCGCCCAAUUCAGCCAAGCGUGAGGAAAUUGCUCAUCCUCAACCUGGCCCUUCCUGUGUGACGCGUAGCACGCCCUCGAGCUCACCUUGCGCCGACGCAAAUGUCAUUCCGCAGGGUGUCACUUCUGAGCAGCAUCAACAGCCGGAUCCCAGCAGGCGUUCUGACCAGCCGGCCCCCCCGGGAACCACUCUCCCGCCCACUCAGGGAGCUAUGGCGAGGCCCGGUGAGUCACCCGUGGUUCCGCAGGAAACUGCCCCGGCGAGCCGAAAGUCAUUAUCGCAAAGCCUCGAGCUCCCACGCAGAGCGCCUCCCCAAAUGUCUCAUCCCGAGACCACGCCCGACUGCAGUAGCAGUCGUCCGUCGCCGCCCGUUCCUACGCAAUUUGAGGAUCUGAGCACGCCAUCUGUACACCAACUGGUCGCCGCAAUCUCCACACCGACGCGGACAUCCGACGAAGAAGGGUAUCAAAUGGAGUCGGCUGCAUUGGACUUCUUGCGGAGGUUCAUUGUGACGUACGACUCAGACCGCUCCGCACUCGCCAGUGCGUAUUCCCGCUUCGCCACUUUCUCUGUGCAGACUAUCGCGCGCUCGGGACGUACUCUAGAGGGCCCUGAUCCUCGUAAGCUGAAGCAGGGCCGGCUCGACAUAAUGGCCGGGCUCCUGUGCCUGCCGGAUGAACGGCGCUUCUGCGCAUCCGGACCCACUAAGGUCGAGUACGACGUCGUGCACCUCGGUGCUACGUUCGGUGUGCUUCUGAUAUGUUACUCUGGCAAUGAAAGUGGCACGUGGGCUUGCGAUCAGCGCUUCGUGCUGCAAUAUAAGGACUGGGAUGAAGAAGAUCGGACUCGACUACCUACAGAUAUCGUUCAAGCUCACGGUAUUGGAGAGGCACUCCAGCCAGGAGUAGCUUGCAUUUCAGAGGCCGCGCUAUGGGUCGAGCUACAAUCUCAAACGCCUCUAGUCUCUCCCAAGCAGCCUACAAACAGCGCCCUUUCUGGAUGGUCUGAGGAUGGUCGCUCUAAGUAUAGUCAAGUUGACGCAGACGAGAUAUGCUCCCUACCUGCGAUAAGCGGGGAAUCCUCCCUUUACAGUCAAGACCAACGGCUGGAGAUCAUAGAGGCCGCCGCUCUGUAUCAUCGCCAAGCUCUAUCUCAGCUUCACAAGAGUUUGAACGCUAUGUUGCCUGUUCACCGCCUGCUUCCCGAGGUGCUUACCGCGAUAUUCACAUUCGUCGUUCUCGACUGCACCGUGACCGACGGUAACCAUCAGCGAGAUAUCCAAUUGUUCUAUCUAUGGAUGCGAGUCAUGCAUGUCUGUUCAUACUGGCGCACUGUCACCCUGGGCUCUCCUCUGCUCUGGAGCAAUAUUCUAAUUACCCCCAACGCAGAAUUUAUGGCCCAGGCCUUGAAGCUUGCGGGAACAGCACCUCUCGUUAUCAAUGCGAUUGGCUGCAGGCUUCGUGAGGCUCUAAAUACCGAGCACAUAGCCAGUCUCCGCACCGUUCUGCAAGCUAUGCCGCGCAUCAAGGAGCUGCAUAUAGCCGCUAAUCAUCUCGCUACGGCUAUUGCUGAAAAGAUAUCCGGUGCAGCUUUACUACGUUUGCUGAAGUUGCAAGAAGCAGACGAUGAGAGAAAACGGUUCUCCGUACGCAUAAUGGGAUUCAAUCACGCAGGCAGCUCUUCCUUCCUUCCCAAUCACGACUGCUUCAGGAUGUCGGUUAUACCCCCGCCAUAUCAACUUCACAUCACCCUAAACGGCUUACGCUCAUGGGAGAGGCCCUGGAGGACGCUUUCGACGGUACGGGCGUGCCAGCAGGCAGGCUCGGCCUUGUUGGAGGCACUUUCCAAACGUAGAGAGGGUGCUUACAACAAUCCAGACUCCUUAUUCAUGCCGCAGCUCAACCAUCUGAGCCUCCACGAAGUUUACUGCAGGCAAGCACCACCGGACUCGGAGGAUUACGAUGUGACCGAUUUACUUCUUGAAUCCCUGAAAUUCAGACAAGGCAAGGGAAAGAGACUGGAGAAGCUGACGUUAGAAUACUGCAUCAAUAUAAAUCGGAGGGACGUUAGGCAGUACCGGGAAUAUGUGGAGAAGGUGGUUUGGGAUAAAGGUGUUCAUUACGAGGACCCAGCUGAGUCAGACAGCGAUCUUGAAGAUUGGAGGUCAAUUCCGGAUGGUUGGGAAUAA